UCCGCACGAAGAGAUAAUUCUCCUUAAAAGAUCGAAACGUUGUCAUUUUGACAAAGCUCUUGGAUAGUUUUAUUUUGAGUCUUCAACUCUCAACACCAUUCCAGUCGAAAUUUAAAAGUAUUUCUAAUAACCAAAACUCAAAUUAUUAUAUUCCUAAAAAACUUUGAGUUGUCCUGCAACUUUAGUUUCGACUGGUUAAAUAAUUAUGAAAAAUGUUACUUAUCGACUGUACUAUAUAUAACAAUCUAGCAACAACCUUGGAAAUACCUCGUAUGUGUUCCAGUUUAAUAAACAACAGUCGGUGGAGUAGAAUCAUCGCGAUUAUCUCCCAAACAUCGUCGAUAAUAUUAAUUUUUAUUGAAAACGAAAAAAAAAAGAAUAGAAGAAUUGGAUAAUUUGCGCAGUCGCAAGUGAUAAGAGCGUGUGAGAUCAGCUGUAAAUUUCGCUCUUUCAUUGUUUUCGUCGUCGUCGUUGUUUACCGCACUGUGAUCUAGUAGUUAUAAUUUUUUGCGCCAUCUGCUCGAUUCAUAUCUCGAUUCAAGGAAAAUUAUUGUACAUAACAAAAUGAACAGUUUCGUUUUUGAUUUCGGCGCGAUUGUCCGAUUGGCGACAGAAUUGAAAUAUGAGCGAAGGAGUUAGCCCUUGGAAGAUCAACCAACAUGAUCUCGGAUUGACUACUUUGAAAGAUAGAAGAGAAAAAAUUACGAAAGCCGGAAAAUAUUCCGAUCGGUAUAAAGACGCUUUUUCUCAUGAAGUGCCCGACGAAGAAAAAUUCCCUUUGAGUGUAAAGUGUCGCGAUACGAUGGAACUAUAUCGAAAGUUAGCGAAAGGUGGAAGAUCGGACGAGUCUUCCCCGACGGCUUGUUCGAAAUUUACAACCGAAAAAAUGAAAUUGGCUGUAGGUAAAAAAGGUAGUAACGCUACCAAUGACUUGAAUAAACAAGAAAACGCCCUUAUAGCGUUCAAAUUAGUACCGGAAGGUACUCACAAACCAAGCAGUCCCUUAGCUCUCUCUCAGAAAGGGAAUACUAAUAAAACUAGAAAAAGUGUUAAUAUUUAUAGUGUAAAUACGGCUGUGCCUCCACCUAGUCCAAAAUUAAUCGGAUCACCACCCGGAUUUCCACCAAAACAAGCUUCGCCAGUUGCUCUAAGUACCAUUUUAAACGGAAACAACAAUACAUUAGAUAGUGCCCUAUCCCAUUUACAGAACGUAGAAAACAUCAUCAGCAAAUUGGACGAACACGAAAAAAAAGAAAAUAAUCUAAAGAAAUUUGAAGAAUUGAUUAAAAAAUUCAAUCCCAAAGCAACGGUUACCACUAAAGCUAAAAUAGCCCCUGUCGAAUUAACUCCAAAACCUUUAGAAGUAUCCGGCGAACUUCUCAAAUCCCAAGAACACAUAUUGAGUCCUAUCAAACAUUUUAGCGAAGUCGAAGAUUUACCUGGUAAAGGACUAAAAGAAGAAGACGAACAACCGCAAAAUUUUAACAGAGAUGUUAAAGAAAGAAAAAGCAUGGAUACCAAAGAAAGUAAACCGAAAGUUAUUAAACAACCUUUGAGUAGGACAGCUUCUGAUGCCCAGGAAAAACCCGUUAAUAAUAUGAAAAGACAGCCUAGGCUUUCUAGGGAACGCACUUCACGCAAAACCAAUGACAGUACAGUGGAAUCGACGCGCAGCAGUUCUGCGUCGAUGCGGAACAGAUCGAGAGUGGGAGAAGAACCGACCAUCGGCAAAUACAAAUUACUCAAAACUAUCGGCAAAGGUAAUUUCGCCAAAGUCAAAUUGGCCAAGCACGUGCCGACGGGAAAAGAGGUGGCAAUCAAGAUCAUCGAUAAAACUCAGCUGACACCUGGUUCACUCCAAAAACUAUUUAGAGAAGUAAGAAUAAUGAAAAUGUUAGACCAUCCGAAUAUAGUGAAACUAUUUCAAGUUAUCGAAACCGAAAAAACUUUGUACCUGGUUAUGGAAUACGCUUCAGGUGGUGAAGUAUUCGAUUAUCUCGUCCUGCACGGCAGGAUGAAGGAGAAAGAAGCUCGUGCUAAGUUUAGGCAAAUCGUCUCUGCAGUACAAUACUGCCAUCAAAAAAGAAUUAUACACAGAGAUUUAAAGGCUGAAAACUUAUUGUUGGAUAGUGAAAUGAAUAUAAAAAUUGCCGAUUUCGGUUUCUCUAACGAAUUUACACCUGGAAAUAAAUUAGAUACUUUUUGCGGGAGUCCACCGUAUGCAGCCCCCGAACUUUUUCAAGGUAAAAAAUACGACGGUCCUGAAGUGGACGUUUGGUCGUUAGGCGUUAUCCUUUACACGCUCGUAUCCGGUAGUCUACCUUUCGACGGAUCGACGUUGAGAGAACUAAGAGAACGAGUUCUAAGAGGAAAAUAUCGAAUCCCUUUUUACAUGAGUACCGAUUGCGAGAAUCUUUUGAAGAAAUUCCUGGUUCUGAAUCCGGCCAAAAGAGCCAGUUUGGAAACCAUCAUGAAGGACAAGUGGAUGAACCAGGGGUAUGUUGGAUACGAGAACGACGAAUUAAAACCUUACGUCGAACCGGAACAAGACAUGAGCGAUCCAAAAAGGAUAGAAGCUUUAGUGUGUUUAGGUUUCAAUAGGUACGAUGUAGAAAAUUCGUUAGAUUCGCAAAAAUACGACGACGCUUUCGCGACGUAUUUGCUAUUAGGAAGAAAAAGUACAGACCCGGAAAGUGAUGGUAGUCGAAGCGGUAGCAGUUUAUCUUUGCGCAACAUGACCGGACAACAACAGGCUGCGCCCCAACCAGCUAUACAAAGUCCUCAACAUAGAGGCGUGCAUCGCUCUAUUUCUGCGACGCACGCUAAACCAAAUAGGCGAGCAUCCAGUGGCGCGACAGGGCCCGGUUUGGCACUUUUACCAGAUCUCGCGCUCCAAUUACAUAAAAAAAGUGAAACAUUAAGAACAGGCGCUCAACCCCAAGUACCUGCCGCUCAAAUUAACAAUCAACAAUCGUCCGGUUUUAAACGACAAAAUACCGUCGACAGUGCUACCAUUAAAGAAAAUAGCGCAAGACUAAACGCAAGACCUGCCAGUGCUCAACCCAAAACUACGACGGAAAACAGUAUACAAGCUCCGACUAAAGCUCGAACAGUAUUUAAUAAGAACCAAGCAUUAUCUUUAGGAACUACUGUCGGUCGAAGAUCCACGAUCAGUUACGAUGGCAAAUCGGACAGUACGGAAAAAACAAAUAUGUCCGCCGAUACACCGGGACCUGAUGCUAUCGGCGCCGGAGAUACUUUAAGGCCUGGAAAGGGCCACGUGAAAUCGGCAUCGGUCAGUAGUAGCGGCCCUGAGCCAGCUACUGACCCUUUACGCACUAGUAGUCGCACAACUGCUUCACCAGCAGUCACCAGGCAACAGGCCUUCCCCAGGAACACUUCAUCGAGGAGCACUUUCCAUUCUGGUCAAACCCGGCCUAGGGCAACGUACGCCCAAGGAUCACCCGGUGAUUCUCCCCAUACCAGACCCUCGUUUUUUUCAAAAUUCAGCCUCAAGGGUUUCACGAAAAGGAGGAGAGAGAUUUCGGGGGACGUACCACCGCACCAAGAAGUUCCUCCUCCAGAGUAAGCAUCAUGACUCCAAGGCCAAGUCUUCCAAGAAUCAGGUAGUUGAAUACUCGAUCGGAGUCAAGAAGGUUUGGAUGAUAAUAAUAUUUGGAUUACAGAGGAACGAAGAGCUUAAAAAAAGUGAUAUUAAACUAGUUUUAUUUUUAUUCAUGCACUUAUUGGCGUAUUUAAUCGUUUCUAAAACACUUUUAGAUAGAUUUCUUAUGAUUCUAUUUCUCAUAUUUUAAAAUAAUUGUAUCAAAAUGGAUAAAAAUGACUGUACGAACACAUUUACUUACAUCAUUAUUACUUUUUACCUGUUUAUCAUAUUUGAUUGAGUGUACUCUUACUUUAUUGAACGUUUUCAAUACUUACAAUAUCAGAACAAAAUUAUUUUACAUCUCAAAGCGAUUCUAUGUCUCCUAAAUAUACUUACCACAAAAAAAACUGACUAAACAAUGUGUUACAAACCCAUAAUUUCUCAUGCACACUAAAGUGUCUAUAUUUAGUACCAAUAAGAAGGUAGGUAUUCCAUUCCAAGUUACCUCAACCAUUUUGGUUUUGAUUGAAUACAUAAUUUCUCUGGUAUUAUUCUUUUAAUAAAAACCAAUGGUGAUCUGCUACCAUAUCUAAUAGUAACCCUCACUAUAACGCCAACAUUAUGGUGUACAUAUCAAAUUGUCAAUCCUGUUAUCCUUCACGUCACCUUUUCUCUGUUGCCCGGCCAUUUUUAACUCCUGAUAUAGAAAAAAUUCAUUGUAGGUAGUACCCUGUCGGGCUGUGGAAAUAUCAAUCAACCAAUAAUCUUUCUGUGCUCUUAAAACCAUCAAUUUAUGAUUUCCUGAGUUCUAAGAUGACCAAAGUUACUGGUUCUACGAUCUAAGUCUUCUUGAUUCCACGCCCAUAGAUAAUGUAGUUUAGAGGAAAAAGAUAUGUUGAUGUUAUCGGAAAUCACCUAACAUAACCAGGCGAAUCUUAUACACUCUAGGCAUUUUACUUGCCAAAAAAAGGUUUAUAACAAAAAUCACUACUUGGCUAGCUUAGAACUCACUAAAAUAUCUAUUCUAGUGAAGGGUCAUCUAUAUUUUAUUCAAGAUCUAUAGGGCGUUUAUUUGGGAUUCUAAAAAAGGGUUUAUUGGAGGAUGUCCCUCUAGUAGAUAAUGAUAUUUGCUGCUAUGCUUCUGGUUUUCUUCUGUGAUGUACGGUAUGCCAAGGUGUUUAUGGAGAGUAUCAUAUGAUAAGUGCUUCACCAUUGCACAAAGUAUUUUCUAUUGAGACCUCUGAAGGAAGGUGGACGGUACUUGAUUUACUGCCACAACCCCAAAGUUCUAUACCUUAAUCCCAUGAAUUAAUAUCUUGUUGUCCAUAGUUAAUUUGGAUUUUCUUCCUAGUAACUUUGAAGCUCAAAUCACUUUUUGACUAUGUGCUUUUUCCAGCUUAGGUUUGAAUCCAAGAUAACGGAAUGAACGUGUUGCUAGUAUUUUUACAUGAUUCAUAUUGACUGUUGGACAUUGAUUCUUUCCCAAAUUCGAUGUUAUCUCUGCUUUCAACUUCCUCGUUCAAUCCUCCAAGAGGUUUAAAUGGUAUUUGAUGAACUAUCACAGUUGCUGGAUCUUUGUGACUAUAUAAAAUCACUGUAUCAUCUGCAAAUGUUUUUACUACAGUAUUUGCAGUCGUAUGAAGACGUAGUGAAUAAAACAAUAGCCCCCAGAACACUGUGGUACUCCAGACUAUAUCAGGAAGACUUCUCCUUUGAUUCCGGUAUCAAAAUAUUUGCUUGUUAAGUGAAAUUUGAAUAAUUUGAAGUAAAUGGGGGGUAAUGUUUUAUUUUGAAAUGAAGGCUUUUUUUCAUAUGUGGUUGAAAACUGCAUGUUACGUACAAUUUUUGAUCCAAUUUUGCACUUAAUUUUGUUUUAUCAAUUUUCUACUCCUCAGUAGUUGGAUUUUUAGAUCACUAUUACCAUAUUAGGAUUUUGAAAACACUGUAUAACAAUAUAUUAUAUAUAAAGAAAGAACAGUUUAAAUGUUUUUUAUCCAUAUAUUAUUAACUUUUUGAAAUAAAGGGUGUCCUUAAUCAAGAUCAUUUUGUACAACUCUUCUUAAAUAUAUAUAUAUCAGCAACUUUCCAUUUUAUUAUUAUUUUUUUCGGUUGAAAUACAUAGCAGAAACUUAUUUGACUAAGAAAUUUCGAAGAAAAAUUAUAUAAUUUUUCAACGCUCAGUAUUUAAAAAAGUAUAUAAAUUGACGACCAUUCUAUUAAUAUACAAUUUGUAAAAUCUGGUAAUCGAAAUAUGUGAUUUCGUUUAGAUUUUUAUAGUCUGAUUCGUUUUCCUAGAGAAAACAAAUUUUGACGUUCACAAAUGUAAAACUACUGAAAUAUUUGAGAAAAAAUCUAAUUCAAACAAAAUUUUUUAAUAAACACCACAAAUCAUAACCUCACAUUAUAUUUGUAUUUAGUCCUUUAUUUUCAAUUUUGUAAUGAGUACUAAAUUAGAACAGCAACAAAUUUUUUAAUGCUUUUUUAUCCAAUAGUUAUUAAAACCUCGACGAAAAUAUUUUUUUAUUUCAUUUUGCUAGUUAGUAUCUAAUCCAUUAUGCCAGAGAACCGACAAUAUCGCAUUAAAUUUGAAAAAUACCAGACCUAACCUCAACUACUUUCAAUUUUGUUAUCAACAUCUUAUGGUUCCAUUUUCCUCAGACUCGAUCGAAGAUAUUUAAGACACAUUUAACAAAAUAAUUAAAAAAAUCUCAAAUUUUGUGAAUCGAAAUCCCUUUUCAGAGAAGCUCUUUUAAAAUUAGUGAUAAUUUAAUGCCAUAUUGUCCGUUAAUAUUAGUGCAAUAAUUUUAGGAAAAUGUUUACUCUAAGCUUAAAUUUGUAAGUAUGGGAUCUCAAGUUAUGAUUUGAAAUUUACUUUUUAUACAUUUUAACGUUCAUAUUCUGUCAAACAAAAAUGUCAAUUAGAAAAUAAUCAAUGUUGAAUACUAGUUUCACUGCAAUCUCUAUUUUCUUGACAUGGAGCUUUAAAUUGCUUAAUCAAAAUAUUGCUACAGGAUCUUGGCCACCAAUAACAAAAUAUAUUUCUCUUUUGUGUGGCUGUUAACCCCCAAAAUUAAAAUAACACCAUCAAAAAUCAUAAAACAUAAGGUUUCGCUACAGAAAAUGAAGAAGUAAAAAUGCUUCAAUUGGUCAAGGAAAGUGACUAGAUUUCUAUGAAUCUUGCUCUAUGUUAAGUGACCUUUAGAAACGUCUAAAUUUUCAAAAUAACUGGCUCUAAGACCUUGGUUUUCUUUAGCUUACGCCUGUUAGCACUGCAGUAUAAUGGAUCAAAAUUUAUUGAUUUCAUUGGAAAUUUUCCCUUUCUGUUUCAAUAAAACCGACACCAAACUAAUGCAUGAAUCUUGCUCUAUGUUAAGCGACCUUUGGAUGCGUUCUAAUUUUCAAAUAUUAUUUCGGUUUUACCUAUAUUUAUUAAUUUCCUAAAAAAAACAUUACUCGGUUAGUUUUUGUUCAUAAGGUCAAUUUACAUUGCACCGAUGGGGGCUACCAGGGCUGCAUUUUCCCCUAGAGGUGAAUUUCUCCAAAAUGGCAUAUCAGAUGUUUGGGAGAAGGUUUCAAGAAUAAAAAGGUUUUCAAUACAUAUCUCUGUGAAUCAUUUCUCACUACUGCUUUAAGAAAAUAAAUGAUUUAUAUGUAAAUUCAGUUGCUAUGUACUUAAUAACAAGUUUUAACCUUACUUUUCCGUGGUAUAAAAACCGUAGCCCUCAUUGUUUUCAGUGGUACAAAUAUUGAUACCUUGUUAUAAGAUAUGGACUAGUGUUCAAUAUUAACACGACAUGCUAUUUAUUUCAUAUCUGUACAGGUUGUCUCAAAUAAGUUCCUUUUCAAUAUAUCAUUUACAACUAUUUUUUUGUUAAUUUACGGAAAAAUAAUGAAAAAUUGAGAUAACCUGCACUUGUAAUCUAAGACCAAAGUAUUAAUAACAUUUUCUUUAGUUUAUUAUUGUAUAUUCGACUGUUGAAUUAUGUAUAUGAAUUUAUAAGGUUAAUAUAAAUAGUAUCAAUAACUUAGUAGCUCUUAUUUCUGUCGUUACUUUAUACUAUGUGUUUUUUUUAAACAAAAACUAGUAAUAAUAACCACAAAUAUGUCUGAAAAGUUUCAGGAUUCAGUCAUAGUACGCUGGGCUAUUUGACUCUGUUAUAAGCAUUAUUCAAAUCUCUAAACUAAACAAUUAAUCUUUAUAGAUCAACAUUUUUGCUUUAAACUAUGUUCUAGAUGUCAAUAGUGUUACAACUUUUUCGAUUUUUGCUUCACACUAAGUCAACAUUUAACAAAAAAGCUCAAACGGUUUAGUUUUAUUUUUAGGAUUGGUUAUAUAGAAUUGAGGGGAUUUAAAUUUAACAUUUAGACAGUCGAUUUUUUUCAAUUUCUACCGGGAAAGAUAUUUGAAAAGUAUGUGAAACAUUAAUGUCGAUUAGAAUCGAUUAAUCGAGGUAUCGAUUUCUCAGACUAAAUAAAUCAAUAUGUUGUAUUGAAUUGAUUCAGUGAAUAGAUAUUACACCCUUGAAAAUCGUCUCAUUUUUUUGUGUUUUGGUGAAAAUUAUUUACAAUUAGUUGAAUGUACUCGUGAUAUUACUGUUGCCGGUUAAAGGGUUAAUUACUCAAAAACUCGCAAAAUGACUGCGAGCUUAGUUUCCUCAAGGCUUAAACGAAGAAUUUGAACAUUAUUUAUCGCAAGCAGUUGUACUACCAAAGUAUGAUCCUAUACUUUACUGGCAAGAACAAAAAAAUCAUCUGUUCCUUGUGAGAAAGUUUUAAAAUAGGUGAAACCAAGGAACUAUCUAUUGAAACUCGUACAUUAAUCACAAAUCUUCAUAAUUAAAACAAAAGUAACCUACCAGGAGCUUGAGCGAUAGAGAACGUUUCCAAAACGGUUUUGAAAAACCACAUCCGCUGAAGAUGAAUGUUUUGAAAUGAUCAGUACACGAUCAGCGAGUCACGCACCCAGAGAUAGCGGUUCAUAUCAAUAGAUCUAUGGAUGUACUUCUAUAGUCAAAAAAUAGUCUUUCUGGAAUGGUAGCAGUGAAGAAACCUCUUUUAAGACGUUAAAAUGACAUUGUGGUGGGCUAAAGAACAUAAUUGGUCGCAUGAAAAGAUGGGAGAGUGAUUAAUGGAGUUAUAAGUCAAAGUUUGAGGUAGUUUGGUCUAAGAAAA